AUGACCAAGGGCGGGUUCUACGCCGUAGCCAUUGGACGCUCCACCGGCGUCUUCACGACGUGGGCCAAGUGCAAGACGCAAGUGGAAGGCUUUGCAGGAUGUAGAUACAAGAAGUUCAAUACGUGUGCUGAAGCCCAAGCGUUUGUGAACGGCUACAACAAUGGCUCCCGAGAUGUGGACCCAGCAAGGCUUAAAAACGUAAACACGAUCGAAAAGGAACUUCUUUCCGAUGCAAUUGACGGCAGCAAGACCUGCGACGAAAACUCCGAGAAGAAUGUGCUAAAGAUACCGACGGGGUGUCCUAUGCAUCUGGUCUGCAGUGAUUUUGGAUCGAAACAAGCUGACAUGGGCGCUUUGACCGUACAAUCGAGCUCUUUGGCGUCAAUGAUGAAGAGUGAUAAACAAGGCUUAAGUAUCAGCGGUAGUAAGAAUGCUGGAGCUGCUGCUGGUGUUAACGUGAAACAAGACAGGAAGACGGACAUCUUCGGUACGCGGAAAGAGACCACGAAACAAUCGAAAGAUGCGUGCAGCUUUAACCCUAAGGCUCUUUGGAAGCAGCCAGAAGUGCUUGCAACGCAGUCUAUGGCAACAGUUGAGAGCCACGAAAACACUCUAGGACCGCAGAAUGUAAAGAGUCUGGUGGCGUUCUGUGACGGGAGUGCCCUGGGGAAUGGACGGCGGAAAUGUCGUGCAGGCUAUGCCUGCAUUUUCCCGCACUGCGAGGAGUGGAAUGUAGCCAAGCAGCUGGUUGAAGACCGAGCUACGAACAACCGGGCGGAGUACAUGGCCGCGCUCGAAGCCAUGAAGCGUGCAAACACGGAAAACUCUAGUGGAUCUCGAAUGCUAUAUAUCUUCUCAGACAGUAUGCUGUUGAUUCGAUCAAUGACAGAAUGGGUCGAUACGUGGCAGAAGAACGAAUGGAGAAAGUCAGACGGUAAACCUGUGCAGAACCGCGAUUUGCUGGAGCUACUGGUGGCGGAAAGAAGAAAUCGUCGCAUUUGCUGGACCCACGUGAAGGCUCAUACCGGCAAGAAGGACUGGGCGUCCGAGUGGAAUGACAUAGCUGAUAACGCGGCGCGUAAUGCUGCAGCGAAUGUUGAUGAAGCAUAA